UUGACGUGGGGUGAGCGGUCGCAGUGCGAGUAGUUCUCCAGUGGUUGGGAGGUUGGUUACAAACCUAACAGCAAGGUGAGAUCCAGGAUAAUCUCCGGGAGGAGUAAUGGCUUUUAUCCGGGAUAACUGACUCGUGUUCACUUUUAGAGUGAAAAAUGUCCAGUAGAAGCCAGCGCUAUGGGUUCCAGUCAGCCACCAUGGUGCAGCCUGCCAAUGGCGAUCAUGUGUAUCUAUUUGCAAACAAUGGCUCAGAGAAUGACCUGUCAGAGGAGGACAGUGAGAUUUAUGAGCUGCGGCCUCGUGGCAAAGAGCGUCAACGGAGGAGCACAUCCAGAGAGAGGACUGACGAUAUUAUCUUCCUGAGCAGAGACAUCCAGGAGGGUGACACUCUGAACAGCAUUGCUCUGCAGUACCAUUGUUCAGUUGCAGAUAUCAAGCAUGCCAACAACCUCCUGACAGAGCAGGACUUCUUUGCCCUGCGUUCAGUAAAGAUUCCUGUGAAGCGUUUCAGUGUCUUGACUGAGACUCACAGCACUGGUCCUCUUAAGCCUCCAACACCCACAGGUGCCAGGCGACUGCCUCAGACCUUACCGGUUCCCUCGCUGCCUUCUGAGUUCUCCACAGACUCUUCGUCCUCUACGGACAGUGUAGAAGGUUUUCUCCUGGAGAAGGACAAGGACAUUGAGCGUCUGGUAAAAUCCACCGGCCCUCCUCGGAGCAGCCUGAAUGAGGUAGUUUCCUCCCUAACACUGCAGCAGCUGCUGCUGGCAGAAGUAGAGUACAAGCCAGUUCAACGAAAAGACCCUUACUAUGGGGCAGACUGGGGUAUGAGAUGGUGGACGGCAGUGGUCAUUAUGCUGGUUGUCGGUAUCGUCACGCCUGUGUUUUACCUACUGUACUACGAGUUCUUAAUGAAAGUUGAGGUAAGCCAUUACGGCAAUAGCGUACAAACAGGUGAGAACAUGGCUCCUGGAAAUCUCAAUGGAAAUAAUUUGGACAUUUCAAUUGAAAAGGAAAACAAUGCAGGAGCUGCUCCAGGACAUCAUGUUGAAAAUGUGGUUAAAGAUGUGGACGAAGCAGGGAUUGGUGAAAAUGUAGGGCAUGAAAAGUCAUAGCAAGGUUUUGUUUUUUGUUGUAAAACAAUGCAAUUUGUGUAGACCAACACAUUUGGAUACAUUCAACUACAGAAAGGCUGCUUUUUGAAUUGAGGAUAUUUGAUAUCCAAAUAGUUGUCAGAUUUUCAUCAAUCUAGAGAAUACUUCAUCUGGACUGCCUUAUUUUUACUAAGCGCCAUUAAAAAUGUUAAGCAUUAUUUCCAGUAAGACAUCCAAACCAAUUAAUUUAUUUUGUUUAUUGUUAACGAAAACUCUUUAAUCUGAUCCAACAGUGUUUUUUCCCCUCAGUCAGGUUCUUCAUUUUUAGUGCUUGUGAAAACUGAAUUGAAAAUGCUGUCAUAGUGUUUAACACAGACUUGUGUCAGACCAUUGGAUUUACUUAAACUAUCAGUAUUGGAAGUUACCAGUUGUGUUUAUGGUUCCAUCAAACCUUUGUGAAUAUGUUGUUCUUAAAAUCUGCCUGGACAGAAAAUUGAUUUUUUUCUAUUGAAAGACAAAAGCACUACGUGUCUGGUGAGGACCAUGGGAAUGGGACGCAGAAUUCCCAAAAUAAUGACUUUUCUGACUUUGUGAUAUAUAGCCCUUUUUAUUUGAUCACUGUGUUUUUAUUUUAUGACUAAGCAUUUUGUAUCAUCAACAAUAUGUGCCUUUCAACCUGUGGAAAUGUGCUGCAGGCUGUAAAAUAAAUACAUCUAUUUUGAAUAAAUUAUUGCCAGUUCACA